UGACUUCAUUCACACACCACUGUCCAUAGGGUAGUGUAUAGAUCUAUAGUACUCUGUUGUAUCAUCUAGGGGGAAAUCCUACAUCAUAACAAAUACAACAACAUCAACAUCAGGCUUUAUUUUUGCUAUUUCAAGACCUACCGUAUAUCAACCACAUAACCUUCAAAAUGCACAGCAAAGAUCAGAUCUGUCAUGAUGACUACCAGAAGACAGCCAGCUGGCUCCUGUCCCAGACGCAGCACAGGCCCAAAGUGGCCAUCAUCUGUGGCUCUGGACUGGGCAUGCUGGCUGAUGCUCUCAAAUGCCAGGACUCCUUCCCUUACUCCGACAUACCCGGGUUCCCACAGAGCACAGUGCAAGGACACGCUGGGAGACUGGUGUUUGGGGAGCUGAAAGGGAAGAUGUGUGUUUGCAUGCAGGGUCGUUUCCACAUGUAUGAGGGACACUCACUCUGUAAGACUACCUUUCCUGUGCGGGUAUUUAAGCUCCUGGGGGUAGAGACCCUGAUUGUGACCAAUGCAGCAGGCUCGCUGGCAGACAGCUACCAGGUUGGGGACAUCAUGAUCAUCAAAGAUCACAUCAACUUCCCUGGCCUGGCUGGGCUCAAUCCCCUCAACGGACCCAAUGAUGACAAGUUUGGUCCCCGGUUCCCUCCCAUGUCUGGUGUGUAUGACAAAGACCUGCGGAAAAUAGCCUUUGACCUCUGUAAGAGCAUGGGCAUCUCUCAGUUCGUCCAGGAGGGGGUUUACUGUAUGGUGGGAGGGCCCAACUUCGAGACCAUCGCAGAGGCCAGACUUCUUCACAGACUAGGGGUGAACGCUGUGGGAAUGAGCACAGCACCAGAGGUGGUGGUAGCCACCCACUGUGGCAUGAGGGUGUUUGGCCUCUCUCUCAUCACCAACAAGGUGGUCAAGAGCUAUGACGACACUGAGUCGGUCAACCAUGAAGCUGUACUGGAGAUCAGCAAGCUGCGCUCGCAAACCCUGCAGACGCUGGUCACCGAGCUGGUCGGCCGGAUGGACAUCAACAACAACACGGUCUGAACUGAAGAGAGCAAGAGGAGAUGAGACACCGAAACCUGUCGACUUGUCAAGAUGAAAACAUUCCACAGCGACACGACCAAUGUUGCAUCUGAAAUGGCACACUAUUCCCAAUUUAGUGCACUACUUUUGACCAGAGCCCAUGGCACCCUAUUUCCUAUAAGUAGUACACUAGAGGGUGCCAUUUCAUAUGCACAACAAGAAUCUCAAGAGGAUUUGUCAUAUUCACUCAAAAUCUUGCAGCUACAGGCCUAUUAUGCUACCAUGGUGCCCUGGUCAUCCUCUUGAAUAUUGUUUGGGUUAAAUCAACAAUAAUGUAAUCUGUUCAGUCUGUAAAUAUUGUACCAAAUGAUGUGUGUAACUUUAUACUGUCAUUUGUAUUUUGUGAUAACACAACUGAGGUUUAUCUGUGGUAUAUUUUGUAUUUGUUCUGAAAAACAGGU